CACGUGUCCAAAUUAAGUUCCUUGCCUCUCUGUCACCCGCAGUAGCACCUGUGCGCGUCGGAGCCUCGACAAAUAGGACCGCCUGUGCAUGCUUUCCUUGUUUGUUUCAACCUCUCCUCGCCGGCUAACCAUCCUCUCCGUUCAGUUUCACAGUUAUGCCUGUGACGAGGAGUGGGGCUUGGCUCUAACCUGAGGCUUCAUAAAUCAUAUAUAUGUAAUUAUAUAUCUAGUUACCCGGACAGCUCAGAGCCCAACGCUCUGUAAACGGCCAAUUUCAAACUGCCAGAGGUGCCAGGGCAUUUCCAGCUUAAUUUCUCUCGUUCCACGUUUAACCGCUUGUUUAUAUUCUGGUUCUUAGCCAGAUCUUCAUUGAUGAGUGAUAUUAACUAGCAGAAUAUUUCGAGCUUCUUUCUUCUCGUUCACGUUUUGUUCUCCUUUUGGGGGGAUCCUCGUCUUCUGGUUAUUUCUAGAGUAUUUUGGAAUGUCAUUUUUAAGACGCAGGAAAGCCUCCGUUAACUACACGCAUCCUGAUUCAGAGCAUGAGUUUGACAAACUUGAUGGUAAGGUGAAGGGGGAGAAAGAGAUAGAGACAGUGAAGAGAAAGCGAAAAGACGACAAGAUAAGAAAUUGGUCGUGCGUGGAUAGCUGUUGUUGGGUAAUUGGGUGUAUGUGUUCAACGUGGUGGUUUUUGCUGCUCUUGUACAAUGCGAUGCCGGCGUCAUUUCCUCAAUAUGUGGCGGAGGCAAUUGGAGUGCCCUUGCCGGACCCACCGGGCGUGAAAUUGAGGAAGCAGGGUUUGACGGCGAAGCACCCUGUGGUGUUUGUGCCCGGCAUUGUGACCAGUGGACUCGAACUCUGGGAGGGCCGUCACUGCGCGGAAGGAUUGUUCAGGAAGAGGAUGUGGGGCGGCGCGUUUGGAGGACUGUACAAGAGACCAUUAUGCUGGGUGGAGCACAUGACCUUAGAUAAUGAAACAGGACUAGACCGUCCUGGCAUAAGGGUGAGGCCUGUAUCUGGACUAGUGGCAGCUGAUUAUUUUGCACCUGGUUAUUUUGUUUGGGCUGUUCUAAUUGCCAAUUUAGCCCACAUUGGUUAUGAGGAGAAAAAUAUGUAUAUGGCCUCGUAUGAUUGGAGGAUCUCGUUUCAAAAUACAGAGAUAAGAGACCAAACUUUGAGCAGGAUGAAAAGUAAUAUAGAGCUCAUGGUGGCUACAAAUGGUGGUAACAAAGUGGUUGUCAUUCCGCACUCAAUGGGGGUUCUGUAUUUUCUUCAUUUUAUGAAAUGGGUUGAAGCACCAGCACCAAUGGGUGGUGGGGGAGGUUCAGAUUGGUGUGCAAGGCAUGUAAAAGCAGUCAUGAACAUUGGAGGACCCUUUCUUGGUGUUCCAAAAUCAGUUGCCGGACUUUUCUCCAUAGAAGCCAGGGAUAUUGCUGUAGCCAGGACAAUUGCACCUGGUAUUUUAGACAAGGAUGUUUUUGGUCUUCAAACUUUGCAACAUAUAAUGCAGAUGACUCGAACAUGGGAUUCAACCAUGUCAAUGAUACCAAAAGGCGGAGACGCCAUAUGGGGUGGCCUUGAUUGGUCACCUGAAGGACAAUAUAACUGCAAUACAAAGAAGCAGAAGAAUAAUGAUACUCAUCAUGUAUUUCAAAAUGGGAAAGAGAGUUUUAAGCUCAUGAAAAAUGUGAAUUACGGGAGACUUAUAUCGUUUGGGAAAGAUGCAGCUGAGUUACAUUCCUCCAGGCUUGAGAGGUUGGAUUUUAGGGUUAAACCUAAGGGCAGGAAGCCUGAAAACAAAUCCAAAUGCGCUAUCUGGUCAGAAUACCAGGAAAUGGGAGUGGAUGGGAUCCAUGCUGUGGCAGAUUACAAAGCUUACACAGCUAGUUCAAUUUUAGAUCUACUUCAUUAUGUUGCUCCUAAGAUGAUGAAGCGUGGAGAUGCUCAUUUUUCACAUGGGAUUGCUGAUAACUUGAAUGAUCCUAAAUACAAACAUUACAAAUAUUGGUCUAAUCCCUUAGAAACAACACUACCAAAUGCUCCAGAUAUGGAAAUCUUCUCUAUAUACGGUGUGGGGAUACCUACAGAGAGAGCAUAUGUCUACAAGUUAACUCCUCCAUCUGAGUGCUACAUACCUUUUCAGAUUGACUCAUCAGCAAAUGAUGAGGACUCUUGUCUAGAGGGUGGAGUUUAUUCUGUUGAUGGAGAUGAAACUGUUCCACUUUUAAGUGCUGGUUUCAUGUGUGCAAAAGGUUGGCGAGGAAGAACCCGUUUCAAUCCUUCGGGGAGCCCUACUUACAUAAGGGAGUAUAAGCAUGCCCCUCCAGCCAAUCUUUUAGAGGGUAGGGGGACCCAGAGUGGUGCACAUGUUGAUAUUUUGGGGAAUUUUGCGGUUAUUGAAGAUGUUAUUAAAGUAGCAGCAGGAGCCACUGGCAAGGACUUAAAUGGAGAUAGAGUGUACUCUGAUAUUUUCAAAUGGUCCGAGAAGAUAAACUUGAAGCUCUAGUUCACAUGGACCUGCUUGAAUCCUGCUAGGUCCUACCAUGUGCUGGGAGUUGAAGAUUUUAGGGCUACGUGUGCUGGAGGGGUUGAGGAUAAUGGUGAUGAUGGUGAUUAUAAAUGUGGCCUUCUUAGCUUCGGCAAGUCUGCAUCUUAUGAGCGUGGAUCUGUUAAAUGAAAUCGUUUGUUUGUAUGCAAAUGUUAGGCCUCAUAAGUUUGUGGCUUUUCCUGUGAAAUUGAUGUGGGUGAUAUUUUUUAAGAUGAAACGUAUAACCGUAGUGAUUAAUUUCAAUUACUUGGCAUAA